AUGUUCUGCACUAGGCAGUUAUUGCUCCAAAAUCAACAACAGGAGGAGAUAUUAACAGAGAAUUCUGAAAGAUGGGUGAUGUUCCCGAUAAAAUAUCAUUCCCUUUGGAAAUUGUAUAAAAAGGCAGAAAAUGCCUUUUGGGCCGCCGAAAAUUUUAGAUUUUCCAACGAUAUAGAUUUCUUUAAAUCUAUUGACCCACAAAUCACACAAUCCCUAAUUAAUACAUUGCAGUAUCACAUUGAAAAGGAUAGCAAUCCAAUUUCCAGACCUUGCACUUUUACAUGCGAAUUGAUUAAGCAAGUUCAGAUACCAGAGGCUAGGGCCUUUUAUGGAUUCCAAAUAAUGUUCGAAAAUGUACAUUUCGAAGCGCUAGGAUCGCUGUUUAAUAUCCUAAAUCCCAACUCAACGCCAGUGUCAAUACCUAGUUACAAACAAACUUGGAGUAAGGCUAAUCUGGAUAAGGAGCUUUCUUUCUUUGAAAAAAUUUUUUGUAAUCUACUAGUUAAAACGAUCUUUUUCACUGGUUUACUAAUAAUCAAAAAUUAUCUAUCUAAACAAAGUAUUUGCAAGGAAACAAUUUGUGCAUUUGAAAAAAUCGAAAACGAUAUCGAAAUACAAUCACAAUUCACAACAACAUUAAUUAAAAUGUUAAAAUGCAAACUUGAACAGUCACUAGUCUACGAAUACUUAAACGAUGCUAUCAAUACCGAACUCACAUUCCUAAAUGCCACAAUUAGUUUUGAAAAAUUGGGAACAAAUGAAAACGACGUACUGGACUACCUAAAGGCAACAGGUGAUAGCUUGUUGAAUUGUAUCGGAUAUCCGCCAAUAUACAAGGCUAAAAAUAACACCACGAUUAAGAUUUUAGAUAUGUCACCAGUUUUAACUGUUGAAAAGAUCAAAAAAAUAGAUCAUGGUCGGCAGGAAGUGGUUUUGGAUGAGGAAUUUUGA